AUGGCUCCAAGAACGCCGGUGAGGACCGUCAUACCGACCGUCAUCGCCGACCCCCCCGACACCCCCGAGGACCUAUACAGCAGCAACCUGAACUUCUUCCUCCAGACGCCUUGGACCGCCUCCAUCAUCCGCUCCGACGACGCCGUCCCGCUCAUACUCCAAUGUCGCAACCCCAAGUCCCCGCUACACGACCAGCUCUUCGGCACCACGUUGCUCCCCGACCAGGCCAUCCCCCACAUGCUUUCCGUCAUGCACCUUGGAGGGCGGGAGCAGCGGAAGCAGCAGCUAGACGACCCGGGGAGGCCCAUCCGCUCCGUCUCGACGUUGUACCAUGUCGGCCACGGGCUGACGGGCGGACCGGGCGUCCUGCACGGCGGGAUGAUGACGGCCAUGGUGGACGAGGCCAUGGGCGCGCUGACCGAGGUCAAUUCCGCGCUGGGCAAGACGGCCGAGGCCUUCAACGGGUUCAGCGUCACGGGCGCGCUGGAGGUCAAGUUCCUCAGACCCAUCUUCACCGGGACCACCGUCGUCGUCAGGGCCAGACUGGGACGCGUCGAGAGGCGCAAGGCGAGGGUUACGUGCGAGAAGAAGAAGAAGAAGAAGAAGAACAAGAACAAGAAGAAGAACAGGGGGUAUGUAUGUUGGAGGCAAUGGCCGUGCGUGCGCGUCAUGAAGAGCAUCGCCAAUGAUGAAAUCACACAGAAGAAGAGGAAAAGAUAUGUCCGCAGAUAA